AUGUCUUUUCGAUUUUCUGGGGGAUCCAGGAUCUGCUCUCGGGCCGGGUCUGUCAGGCUGUCUAGGGCAGGGGCAGGCUUUGUGGCUGGGAAUGUGUGUAUUGGACCAGGAGCAGAAAGCAGCUUCUCUUGCACUCUUGGAGGUGUCUCUGCUGGAGGAAGCUUUAGCAAUGGCGGGGAGGGGUUGGGAGGUGGCAACGGCACUGGCUUCCCUGGAAGCGAGCCUGGACUCCUCUCUGGGAAUGAGAAGGUGACCAUGCAGAACCUCAAUGACCGUCUGGCAUUGUACCUGGAGCACGUAGCAGCUCUGGAGGAGGCCAACACAGACCUGGAGAGGAAGAUUAAGGGCUGGUAUGAGAAAUACGGGCCUGGCUGUGGCCGUGGGCUUGAUCAGGACUACAGCAGGUAUUUCUCAGUCAUCGAGGACUUGAAAAGACAGAUCAUUUCUGUGACCGCCUGCAAUGCCAGUAUUAUUCUUCAAAAUGACAAUGCCAGGCUCACGGCUGAUGACUUCAGGAUGAAGUAUGAAAAUGAGCUUGCUCUACACCAGACCGUUGAGGCGGACACCAACGGACUUCGAAAAGUGUUGGAAGGGCUGACCCAUUCAGCAACUGACUUGGACUUGCAGUUUGAGGCUCUCAGUGAGGAGCUGACAUACCUCCAAAAAAACCAUGAGGAGGAAAUGGAAGUCCUGCAAAACGCAUCCGGAGGGAACAUAAACGUGGAGAUGAACGCCGCGCCCGGAGUGGAUCUAACCGCCGUGUUGAACAACAUGAGGGCUGAGUAUGAGGAUCUGGCUGAGCAGAAUCGCAAAGAUGCAGAGGCUUGCUUUAAAGAGAAGAGUGCUUCACUGCAGCAACAGAUUUCAGAUGAUGCAGGAGCGGCCACGGCAGCCAGAAAUGAGCUGACGGAACUGAAACGCAACCUGCAAACCCUGGAGAUAGAACUUCAAUCCCUAAUGGCUAUGAAACAGUCCUAUGAAAGCUCAUUGGCUGAGACUGAAGGAAAUUACUAUGCUCAACUCCAACAAAUCCAGGACCAGAUCGGAGCGAAGGAAGAGCAACUGCAGCAGAUUCGGACGGAGACGGAAGGCCAGAAGCUGGAGCACGAGCAGCUGCUGGGCAUCAAAACAUGCCUGGAACAGGAGAUCGAAACAUAUUGCACCUUACUAGACGGAGAGCAGAGAAGAAGCAAGCCCACGUGCUACAAACUAAAAGACAGCAAGCCUGUAAAUGAAGUCAAAGACUCAACAGAAGAAACAUUUGUCAGAACAAUGGUUGAAGAACUAGAUCAGCUUGGCAAUCUCCUUUCCCUGAGAGUGCACUCCGUUGAAGAAAAAUCCUCUAAAAUAAGCAACAUCACAAUGGAGCAGCGGGUGACAGCCAAAGCAUUGUGA